CCAAUGAGGAGCAGCCGGGAACCAUAGAAACCUGAUAGAAACGAGCAGGUGUCCAGGUGCUGUCAGCUGUCUGUCCUGCUGUCUGUCCUGCUGUCCUCAUGGUCCGGGUCUCCCGUCCCCCCGGAGCAGCGAGGUGUCGCCUCCUCCUGCCCGUCCUGGUGCUGCUGCUCUGCGGUCACAUCGCCGGUGUCGCCGGACACAAGUCUGGAAGUGCCUUAACUGUGGUGAACACUGACGGAGCAGUGGGAGGUGAUGAAGAGGAGGAGGAGGUGACGGUUGGUGAUGAAGAGGAGGAGGUGACAGUUGGUGCUGAUGAAGAUUUAGAUGUUGUCCAACCAACGGAGCACUGGCAGACACUCAAACCAGGUCAGGCCGUGCCGGCUGGUUCUCACGUGAGGCUGAACCUGCAGACGGGGCAGAGGGAGGUGAAGCUGGGGGAGGAGCAGCUCAAGUACCGGACCCCGGAGCACAGGGAGGAGGAGCAGGAGGAGGAGAGCAGGCCCAGCUUCAGUCCUGACGAGCUGAAGCGGGCCAUGAAGAGGAUGAAGGAGGACCUGGACCCGGACCCGGCAGACCCAGACCCAAACCCAGACCACCAGGACUCUGCAGCGUCCAGAUUCCGGCCCCUGGAGGAGCUGAAACAGGACAUGGCUGAGCUGGACCUGCUGGUGGAGACGGAUGUUCAGAUAAUGGGGCGCUUGUUGGAGCAGCUGAACAGCAGCGCGGCCACCACGGAGCAGAGACUGAGCCUCCUGCUGGAGCUGGAGUACCUGGUGCACCAGGUGGAUAACGCCCAGACGCUGUGCUCCAUGGGGGGUCUGGACCUCAUCCUGGGGGGGCUGAACAGCUCUGACUUCAGACUGCAGGAGAGCUCCGCCUUCGUCCUGGGCUCUGCCCUGUCCAGUAACCCGGCGGUGCAGGUGAAGGCUGUGGAGAGCGGAGCUCUGCAGACGCUGCUGACCACGCUGGUCACUGCUCAGCCGCUGCACGUCAAGAAGAAGGUCCUGUUCGCGCUGGCCGCGCUGCUGCGCCAGUUCCCGUACGCCCAGCAGCACUUCGUCUCCCACGGGGGGCUGCAGGUGCUGGCAGAGCUGUUCCAGCAGGACGGGGGGGGGAUCCUGAGGACCAGGAUCGUCACCAUGCUGUACGACCUCAUCACUGAGAAGGAGCUGAUGUUCCAGGCGGGUCUGGACCCGGUCACUGACCCGGCCCACGAGGAGCGGCGGCGCCAGUACUCCCGCGUGUCCCUGCAGGGGGAGCUGGGGGAGAAGGGCUGGUGCAGCCUGGUGCCCCAGCUGCUGCAGAGCAGCGAGCACGACCACCGGGAGAAGGCUCUGCGGGCUCUGAUAGCCAUGGCCCCCGCCUGCUCGGACCAGUACCGGCUGCAGCCGUGGCUGCUGGACUCUCUGCUGGCCCUCCGGCUGCAGUACCAGGACCUGGUCCACUCAGAGAUGAUCCUGGGGGAGGAGAACAGCUACUUCUCAGAGAUCGUAGAGCUGAUAGACACGCUGCACGUCAAGCUGAGGUGACCGGAGCUACGGGGGACCCGGAUAGUUUCCGUCAGCGGCGGUGCCGAGGCGACUGCUCCGUCUGAGGGGAAGGGCUGCUGCCCAGCUCACGGCUGCUGCCCAGCUCACGGCUGCACACACAGACUCGGCCGCCCACCCAGUCACACGCAGGAGCUGAGCACCGUCCGGGGUCGAGGGCUGGGAGCUGGACUGUAACUUCUGUACUUGGGGAGUUUUUAAAAAGAAACUGCAGCAGGUGAAGCUGCGUGUGUGUUUGUGAUACAGUGUUGUGUUGUGAAUCAGAUGAAUAUAUGACUUGCAUGUGGACCUGUAGCGUUGUUGCCUUCAUUUCAGCAGGUACUGUAUGGAUUUGCGUUGUGCAUCGUGUUCUGCAUUCUGAUUGGCUAAACAGUUUCCCCGCUUCUUCACUUCCUGUGUCAAUAACGUUGGUUGCUUAGCAACAAGCUGAGAACGACCAAUGAGCUUCAGCAGCAGCUCAAGAACGGGACACGUUGAUGAAUCGUUCAUUACAGUCUCAGAUAUAAUCCAUGGUAGCAUGUCGGUUUAGAAGAAUCUUUUUGUCCAGAAGAAAAUAGAGCGACAACAACGACUCAUAACUAUUUUCUUCUCUGGAAAAAAACCCACCUGCACCGCGGCUUUAGGAGAAAAAGACACUACAGAGUCGGGAUGCAGCGGCUCAGAAGAGCAGUGGAAUACGUGCGAGGCGGUGCUGAUCUCCGCAAUUUGAACCUUCUAUAAUAAUUGUAAAAAGAAUUUCACUUAUCACGGGUUCUUUUUGGAACGUAACCCCUGCAAAAAACCAGGGAUUACUGUAAUGACAAUAUCUCCACGUUGAGAAACUCUCCUUCUCUUGGCUCAUGACCGUCAUGUUUUUGAAUGAACACACUACGUUUCCUCUGGUCUCCACGUGCGGGGAAAAAAGCUUCACUGGAGCCAGAAAUAACGGAGUAACGCACUGUUUAGUAACGGUAAUUGAGUUACUGAAUUUAAAAAGUAAUGCGUUAGAGUAUUAGUUACCGCAAAACUAACGGCGUUACUGUAACGCAUUACUCAAUAACGCGUUAGUUCCAACACUGGUUAUGAAGGACCUGCUGUUCUGGGCUGGCAUCAGUCUCAGCUAGAAAAGGCUGCAUUUCCUUUUGAAAAUGCAGGUUGUUUAGAGAUCUCUGUGAGCCAUGAAGAAGCCUCAGCUCCUAUUUCAGCAUGAAGAGCUACUAGCUACGGGCCGGGCUCCUCCAUGAACGUGACUGAAGCAGCGUCUGUUUGCAGCUGCAACGAGUUACCCACCAAUGUUCUGAGCCCCAGAGGAGCCGAACCAGGGACCCUGCAGGCCUCGACGUGAACGCCUUUGGACCGACCUGGAGCUGAAGGAGGAGCAGCUGCAGUACCCAUGAUGCACCACUCAGCUUGGUGUAAAAGGGGUAUCAUCCACACGGAGAGGAGGAGAGCAGGAGAGAGAGAGAUGCUCUUUACCAGGAUCACCUGAUCAACCACCCAGCUGUUCACCAAGAAACGCUGACCGGCCAGACCAAACCACCUUUUUCUUCAACUAGAAAGAUCCACGGCUGUUUUGUGUCUGGGCAGAGAAACAUCGUUAACACAUUUAACUAGUUUAGCUUUACGUUGUGAGCCGUACCGCUGAUCCCUUCACAACUGGGUUUAUUAGUUUAAGUGUGUUUGUUUAUUUUAUCGUUUGUCAAUUUUUUAAAGUAACCAUUAAGAUCCCCAACUGGGGCUCAGUUUAUCCAAAUAACGCCAGUUAAGAAAUUUGCUGGGAUGUUUUCGGGGAUCAGAAGAGCCGCCGGCCCCGGGGAGCAGCAGCAGCUCACGGCCGGGGGGAGAGGCGUGAUCGCUGGAUCAACCUACGCCGUCGUCCCGGGGAGAAAGUGAUCCAAUGAACUGACCUGCAGCUCUGUGAAUAAUUGUCGCUGGCUGAAAUAAAUCAUUUAGGAAGAUAAAUGUUGGUUUAAUAGAUGAAAUCUAACAGUUGUAGCUGCCACAUUAGUUUGUCUGAAUAUAAAGUGAAGCUUCAUGUUUUUACUGGAGCCCCAGAAGCAGCUGCUGCUGCUCUGUCUGUACGUCAGAGCCG